AGAGACUGGGAGGGACCGUGGGUGAGGUUCACUUGGAUCCAAAACCCAGUGAAGCAACAACUUAUUAGAGAAACAAGGCAGAAAGUUCUGGAGCUACAACUUUUCCUGAAUAAAGCAGAAGGAGAAGAAUUCAGUCACUUAAGGAAUCUGGGAUUGCUUUUAACACAGCAAAACUGUUGUACGCUCUCACUUUGGAGAACUUUUACUGAGCUCUGUGCUUCAGGAGUGCUGCGGAAAUACAGGAAGUGGUCUCAUUAAUACUGACAAGUUUUUCAGAAACAAAAAGACUAAAGUUUCCCUGCAGCUGCAGAGGCAGUGAAACUUGGGCUGACUACUCUGGCCAGACUUAUUGAGUUUUAGUCAUGUCGGGCAUACUUCCCCUCUUUCUCGUAUCUUUGUGUCUGAUCGUGGGCUCAGUCCAGAGCCAAAGCUCAUCUCAGGAUGCCUUUAUAAUCCAGUACCUGGAGAGGAGACUGGCUCAGAUGGAGGAGCGCCUGAAUCAGUGUGAGCAGAGCACCACAAGCAUCACCCAAAGAACCUAUGACCUCUCCAGUGAAAUCAGAGGUUAUCUGUCUACACUCAGUGUUCUCAGAUCAGAGGUGAAGAGCCAGAUGGACGGCAUGUCUGUACGUGUAGACCGGAUGGAGAGAGAGCUGGAAUAUUUGGAAAACAAAAUUCCCAGUCAGUCUGAAAUUGAGAUGGAGGAGGCACUGCUGGAACAGCAGAUAAAAGCUGCAGAACUCGACCUGCUGAAAAGGAAAGCCAAGAUCAAAGUGCAAAAUGACUGCAGCACGGGUCUGAGUCAAAUCAAGUCUCUCAAGAUUGUGAAGAAGGCAGGAGACACCUAUGGUUCCUGGUUCAAGGACCCCUCGGAAGGAUCAGCCAAGAUUUAUCUGCUCAGCGGAAUUCGUAAUGACACCAUGCUGGAGUACGUUUCCCUGCAAAGCUUCACAGAGAGGACUUCAUCUCCAGCAAAGGUGGUGCAGCUGCCUUUCCACUGGCAAGGAUCGGGUCAUGUGGUCUACAAUGGAUUCCUCUACUACCACAAAGCAGAUACAACAAACCAAAUAGUGAAGGUAGACCUGCUGAAUGGCACAGUGGUGGACAGCAUGCUUCUUCCAGGAGCUGGUCAUAUGCCUGUUUACAGUCUGAACCCUAACACUUACCUGGACAUGGCUGUUGAUGAACUUGGCCUCUGGGUCAUCCAUGCAGAUGCUGAGUAUGGAGGAAACCUGGUCAUCACCAAACUGGAAAUAGGAACCUUGGCAGUAGAGUCUGUGUGGGACACACAGUGUAGAAGCCAUGACGCUGAAGGAGCUUUCCUAAUAUGUGGCACCCUUUAUGUGGUCUACAACACACGCUAUGGAGGACGUUCCACCAUACAGUGUCUCUAUGACAUCCAUGACACCAUUCACAGCAAUGAGAGUCCUGUGAUGUUCUUCCCGAAACGUUAUACCAGCCAUAGCAGCAUCCACUAUCACCCCGGAGACAAGCAGCUGUAUGCCUGGGAUGAUGGCUACCAGACGAUAUACAAAGUGGAGACACGCAAGAAUGACCAAGUCAUUGCAGACUAAUAUUACAACAGUGUUAAUAUACUGAUGUUUGUUGAGGACAUAGUUGCUUCGCAUUGUAAUGUACUGGGUACCCCUUAAGUGUAAUUAUUCAACAUUCCCAAUGAAAUCACAAGAAAAAUUGCUCUACUGGUGUUGUCGCUGUUGAAAGAUGUGGUAACCAAAGAAAUGUUUUAAAAUGUUUUAAAAAGUUUAAUUUUAAUGUGUAGUUCAAGGAAAGAUGUAUUUUAACCUAAAACAGGAUUGUUUUCUGUCUUGGUUUACCACAAUAUAAGAUUUACACUUUAUGACUUUUGUGAUCAAAAAGACCUUACGGUAACGAUGUUAUCACUAUAUUUAGAGAAAAGUUUUAUGAGGCAAAAAAGCAGACAUUCAAAUAGAAAGUUUGCAUUUAAACGCAAAACUGCCAUUAACUGUGCCAACAUAUAUAAUGCAUGCUAUUUUUAUGUGAAUUUCUGACACUAUACUGAUACACUGAAAUCAACUAGGCACCCCAGUGUUAAAAUAUGACAAGAAGCAGUUCCAGAACAAGUUUUAGUGUGUGAUGAGUCGGGUGUGAGAAUGUGUUGGUUAAUUCUGCAUCCUGUAUUAAAAUCUCUAUUAUCACUUGAAAAUCAUGCAAUAAAAAAAAAAAUCACUAAUAAAAGCGUACGUCUAGGAAAGCUAAUCAUAGGGUAUUUUAUAAUCUGCUGUUGUUUAGUGCUCCUUUGCUGGCAAUGGAUGCUGCCUUUAUCACUGUGAAGGGUUAUAGACAUGAAUUCUAUGUCUAACUGAAGCCUUUUUAAGCAUUUUACUUUAUACUUUGUAGCAACACAAUAAAGAGCAUUUAAAUGUCAGGGUUUUCAGUAUGUUUUUCAGAAUGAUGAAUUCCAUCUUAAAAACUGUUUGAAAUAUGUGACGUAGAAUAUGUCUCUGUCAGCUGAAUAGCUGAGUUCUCCCAAAAAUGCUAGCAUUAUUUCAUUGCUGAAGUUGGUCAACAGUCUACCCAGCUGUUAAAAUCUUCCAAUCCCUCAUGUAUAAGUUGCUAAUAUAGUAGUAUUGUAAAGCUUAUUUAUUGCACUUGAACACAAGAACCAAAUGUCAACAUUGUAUAUUCUGCAAACAGUAACAAAAUAGUGCUGGAAACUCUCAUUUCAUUUACACUACACAUUCUCAUCGACAUCAAACAUUAUGCCAAAAAGCAGAUUCAGUUCAUCUGAAUGUUGAGAUGAGUGAUGAAACAUGUCUCCCACUGAAAACGCAUUGUCCAGCUGAACAGAAUCAGCUUUCUGGGAUUUCCUUACAUUUAUGAUUGAGCAUGCAUCGAGACAUCAAAGAAUAAUGGUCUCAGUUUACGCAGAACCAGCAUGCAUGCUGCGUUCAUCCUUUGCACAUUUGCAUCUUCUUGUAGAAUGCUCUUAAAAUCAGCAUCUUAAGAGGAUUUACCUUCACAUUAUCCAGUUCCCCUCAAAAAAGUAGCGGUCUAGUACAGCAGACAUCCAGUAAGACUAGACUAAAACUUCAAUACGACACAUAAAUUGUGGAAUCUGCUUUUUACAGAUUGUGUUGCCAUAAUCUGCAACAAACGUUAUUUAUUAGUUUGAUAUAGAUGAACGUUCUAUUUUGAACUGUUUGUGACUUUUAGUGUAUGUGAGUGCGCUGAGAUGGUUGGAAAUGCAUGUGAAUCAGAUGUAAAUAGUGCGACAGCGCCCUCUCUUGGUUAUGACCGGUUAUAUGUUUACCUUCGUUCUGUCCCCUUUGCAUUAAAGUCUCAGUGGAUUACUUCAUUUCCCUUGUUUUAAACGUGAUAGAAAAUGGUGAUGUAAAAGAUAGUAAUAAUUAAC